AUGGCUUCACAUGAAAUCGCUAGCGGUAACGACCGGAAGUUCAAUUGGGACGAUGACGACGACGACGACUUUGACCUGGAUACUUGGAAAGCCACUGUUGACACUUCUUCACCAAGUGUUGACGAGCUUGGCCCACUUCAACUGUCGCGUUGUGAAGAGAGUAUAGAAUCGACUACAGCAUAUACAUCAGAUCGCAACAGCUAUAGAGACGCACAUUCGGACACUCUAGCCUCGCAUGUUAUCGACAUGACUGUUGACCAGUCACCGGAUGUUGACCCAGAGGAUGGACACGCAUCUGAGCUAGAAGCUGUUGAAGCAGCACCAGAAGCCGUAUAUAACAACAUUAUCGACACAAUCACGGAAGAAGAGAUUGCUUCCGCACGUCAUGAGUACCUUACUCACGCUAUUGGUAUAUACUAUGACGGCAAGGACGAGGCUGAUGCACCAGCAUAUCCCGAACUCAGCCCCUACAAUGGCCAACGGUACCGAUACGCAAAGGCAUUCCAAAACGUAAGUCACCUGACUGGAAGACAAAGGGCACAAGUAUAUCGCCAUUCGCCAUUGGCGUUUGUGACAGGGAUCGAGGAAGCGCAUUUGAUCGGGAACAGAAGAAGGUACGAAAACAUACAUAGAGAGGAAGCAACAGAGAGCCAAAACAGGGACUUGUAUGAGCUGCCAGAGCUGCAGGAGCCGCAGCCAGAUUUCAAUUUCAUCUAUGAAGAAGAGAAGCAGCAGAAUACAAACGAGCAAGUUGCACCGCGAAGAACACCAGCUCAAGAACACUUUUCCAGAGACGAGCUGAAGGAGUUGAUUGGAAUGUGGAAAGCACAGCAAGAAAGAGAUGGCGUCGACGGAUCUGAAGAGGACGAGGAAGCGGAGGACUCAAGUUCCAUCGAUACAUGGGAGAAGAGUGACGAAGACGAAGAAGAAACAUUCGGGCCGCUUGAGACCGAGCUCGAUGAUGAUGACGACAACAACAUAUUCUCCGUGGUUCGGCCCCUAGAACCCAGAAAUUCCACCCACAACGAAGAGCUGGAUUUCAAUGACGUUGUUUUUUAUGCUGAAUCUGAAUGCGCAAUUGGAGACCGCGAUGAAGGAUACGUGUCCUCGUCUCCGCUGAUAUCACCUGUUAUAGGCACCUGCAUUGAUGGGUGCGACUGGCAGGCGCAACACGUCGAGGCUCAGGUUCGCCCUAAAAGGGCGGUACGGGUUGACUCUAUGGAUGCGCUUGAUACGCUGGCGACUGUCGAGGAGUACGGUGCAUCCGGCGAUGAGAGUUGCGACGAAGAAGAUGACGCGGCAGAGAUGCUAGAGAGGAGGCAAGACAAGACCAAAAUGGACAUUUACCACGACAGUCUAUUCACUACCAACCACAAUGAGCCCGUUACAACAACAAUAUCAUCGUUCAACAAGAAAGGAGAAAAUAGCAGCACUUCCGCCAUCGAGACCACAAUACGGAAAGAGCUAAGCAAGGACCGCUCCAUCUCACAUCACACCAUUACACCUCCAACCCACCCCGAGCAAACAAAACACCACCAACAACACCAAACACUCCCCGACGCCUACGUCAGCAGCGUCCUCACCACAAGCUUCCUCUACAUUAGCAUUCUAACUGCCGGAGCCGUCAUCAGCAGCUCUAUGAGCGCCAUCACCCCACGAGACACCCAAGCAACAAAGUUGGACUGA